AUGAACGAGGAGAAAAAUCAAGAAAGUUCAACCCCAGAAUCCACAACCCCAACAAUAAACAAGGAAGAAAAGUUUAAUAAUGAAAUUAAAGAGUUAGAAAAAUUAAUUCAAUCUAAUAAGUUAAAUGAAAGAAUUCAAACAUUAAAUAGAAUCAAUUCAUUAGUUAGAGAUGAAGUUACCUGUUUAGUCACUGACUCAUCAGAUCAACAAAUUGAAGAACAAGAAGCCAGAAUUAAAAUUUUAGUUUUCUUGUAUUUCUCAAGUUUUUCACAACACUCUGAAUCACAAUGGAUUUUCAGUUUGGUAAACUCAUUCAAAAAUCUUUGUAAAGAAAUUGCUGAUCAACUCAAAGACACCAGAAAAGAAUUACAAGUAAAUUUCUGUAAAUCCACCCUUAAAGAAAUUGGAAAAUUAGCAAAACCAUUAUCAACCAAUAAAAGAAUCAAAUACCUCCCACAAAACACAUUGAUGUCUUUUACUUUAGUUUUACUUCACAGUUUUAUCGAUAGAUUCCAAGAACAACAAGACCUUGCUACCUUGUUAUCAGCAGCUCAAGAUAUUAUUUACCGUGAUUUAACUUUAAAGCAAAUUAAAAAUAAUCAACAAUUAUUUAAUUUAAUUUUAAUGAACAAUAAAGUAUUUUCAUUUUACCAAAAUUUAGUAACCAAAGAAUCAUCAAAUAAAAUUUUUUAUAUUAUUUAUUUUUCACUUCAAAAUGUUUCAUCAAAAUCCUCACCACAAUUUAAUAGAACCGAUUUAUUAAAUUUAUAUAACAAAACAGUCAUUUCAAUGCAACAACAAAAACUUGAAGAUCACAGAAUAUUCAAGAAAUUAUUCAAUCAAUUAGAGGUUGAAGAUUUCAAGAGUGUUAUUCUACCACCAUUAUCAAGACAUAUUAAAAGAGACCAAGAGCAAGUCUUUAAGAUUCUUUCAUUCAUUUUAGAAAAUGCCAAAAUUGAUUUAUCAACCUUAUUGAAGCCAUUAUUAGUCCCAAUGUUGAUUCCAGUAGUUCAAACCAGUACCGAAAGACAAUUAAUCAAAAAGACCUUUUCAACUAUUGCAUCAAAAUCAAGUGAUACCAAAGUACUCUCAUCCAUUAUCAUUGAUGACUUGGCUAAAUUACUUUCAGCUGCAGGUAAUCCAAAUCAAAAAUUAAAUGCUAUCUCUUCAAUCUCCUCAAUUUAUUCCCAAGAAAAUUUUGUUAAAAAUAUUUCAAAUGCCGAUAAAUUACAAUUAUCAAAAUCUCUUUUACAAUUAGUUUCAGUUUAUUUAGAAAAAGAAUUAAAUAAAGAUAAUAGAUUAAAAGGUUUUAAAUUAUUAGGCAAAGUUUUAGUUAAUGUCGAAGAGUUAUCAGAUCAAACUAUUAAAAUUUUAACAAAUAGUUUAAAGAAUGACGACGAAAUAAUCAAAGGUCAAGUAAUUUUAUCUUUAUCAAAAUCAUUAGGAUUUGCUGCAAAUGGAUCAUCAAAGAAAUGUACCCAAAUUAAUGGUUUCACCGAAACUAUUAAUAACAUUAUUAAAGCUGUAAAGAAUCCAAAGACUUGCGACCCAUCAACUACUUGCGCUUCCGUCCAAUUCAUGUUAGCUUUAGCUUGUACUAAACCAUUCGAUUCAAAAUAUACUGGCGAUAAGAAUUUCUGUACAUUAUUCUAUUCCAACACAUCAUUUGUUCAUCAAGCUGGUUUCCUUCAAAGAACUCAAAAGAAAGAUCAUGCCAUCAACCUUUUGGUUAACCUUUUCAAGAGUGUUAAACACUUCCCAUCAGUUAAAAUUAACGAAAAAUCACCACUCUAUCAAUCUAUUAUCUCAUUAUUACUUCACAGUCAAUGGAGUGUACAAAGGGAUGCCUCAAAAAAAAUUAGAGCAAUUUUAGCUGAUAACGAAUCUGAAAAGGAAUUCCCAUCUCUUUCAAAAGUUCUCUUUAAUGAAUUUUCACAAAUUCUUUAUGAUGAUUCUGCUGCUUCUCAAUCAUUAAAUAAUAGUUCUGAAUCCGUUUCAACCAGUACUGGUAAAAAUUAUUCAUUGGCCUUCAAAUCAGUUUUAUCUAAAAAUAUUCCAACAUCAAUUUAUCCAAUGGUUUGUUUAGUUGCAUAUCACCCAUUUGUUAAUUAUUCAUGGAAAAAGGUAAUGUCAUUAACCCAACACAACUUAAAUUCAAUCCUUUCAGAAAAUGCUACAGAAAUCUCUGAAUACUUGUUCGAAAAAGGUUUAAAUCAAAAGAAAAACAAAAGCUAUCAAGUUGCAUUCCAAUCAGCAAUUAAUAAUUUGGUUAGUUACAAUGUUCCAAGAAUGAAUGAAGCCAUUGUCAAAUGUUUAAAUAAAUCAUUAAGCUAUCAACCAAUUGAAGCUAUUACCGACCAUCAAUGGAUUAUCUACAACACUCCACCAACCGAACUCUAUGUCGAAAAAGAAGAAAAGGGUUAUGAAAGUAGAAGUGAUAAAAAGGUCAAAGUUAAGACUGAAGAUGAAAAGCGUGACGAAAAGAGAGAAGAAAAGAAGAAACAACAAUCUGGUGAGUUAGAAAGACUUGAAAAAGAAAAACAAAAACAAUUAGCCGCUCAAGCCGUUAUUCGUAAGGAUGUACAAGAUAUCAUUGAUAUUCUUCACAUUGCUAUUGAUACUUGCUAUACUAUGGUUAGAUCAAACCCAGCAUUUGUUGGCGAAUUUAUGUCAUCAGUUCUCAUCUCACUUUAUCUCUUAUUCAAGAAAGAUCUUGCAAAUGAAAAGGUCACCGAAACUCUUGAAAAACUUGUUAUUUGCAUUCCACACCGUUACAAGAUUGACCGUUCAUUUGCACGUCAUUAUCUCUUUGUUCUUAACAACCUUCUUUAUAAAUCAACUCUUUCAGAAAUUCAAAUCCUUGGUUUCACUCAAAAGAUUUUAACUUAUCUUAAAGAAACAACCCACAAAGAAGCUUUUGGUGGUUUCGGCUUUAACUAUUUCUGGCCAAUCGUUAAAAAUGGUUUAGAAAAGACCAUUUCAUUUACAAUCCAAGAGUUAUCAAUGGAUAUCGUUCAAAAACACACUGCUCAAAGUCAAUCUUACCCAAGAGGUGCAAUGAUUUCAAGUUUAAUUAUUGUAGUUAGUACCAACUCUCGUUUGGAGAAUAAUGCUCGUACUUCUAUUUUCCAAUUAAUCGAAGGUCUUGAUACUGCUGAUAUCUCUGAAUUAAUGGAAGGUGUCAUCUCACCACAUUCACAAGUUCGUUCAAUUUGUCUUCAAGCUAUUGAAAAGAUCCCAUCCAUCUAUUCACCAGAUUUUGUUUGGGACGAAAAAUAUAUUGGCAAACUUUGGUUUGUUAAAUUUGACAGCGAAUCAUCAACAGCUGCACUUGCCGAUAAAAUUUGGUUAGCUACAAACCAACCAGCUUCACUCCCAGAUAAUUUUAUGAAAAUGCUCCACGAUUCAACCUUUAACGUAAACUCUGAAACUAGAAAGAUUAAUACUCUUGCCAUAAAGAGUGCCGCUUCAAACCACAAACAAUUAAUUCCAGAAAUAAUCGAUUCACUCUUUGAAACUUAUCAAGUUAAUUAUCCAGAUGAAAUUAGAGACACACCAAUUACAACCAAAAAUAGAAUUUCAGUUGCAUCAGCUCUUGCAGGUUUAGGUAAUUCAACUGAAGAACCAAAGGUAUUAAAAUCACUCUUUGACAGAAUUAUCGAAAAAGGUCUUUUUGAUCCAAAAGAAGAAAUUGUUUCAGAGUUUGUUUCAACUGGUCUUUCUAUUAUUUCCCAACAAGGCACCAAAUUCUCUAAAGAGCUUUUAGAUACAUUUGAAAAUUUCUUAGCUCGUCCAGAUGAUCCCUCUGAAGAUUCAAUUCGUGCUAAUGUUGUUGUAUUUAUGGGUGCUUUGGCUAAACAUAUGGAUCCAAAGAGUGCAAGUUUCACAUCUAUCAUUGAUAAAUUGGUCAUUGCUCUUUCAACUCCAUCAGAGAAUGUCCAAGUCAGUGUUUCAAAAUGCAUUUCUCAAUUAAUUUCUAGCUUCAAAGAACAAGGCAGUAGAUUAGUUCCAAUCCUUAUAGAAAACUUAAAAUCAUCAUCCAAUAAUUAUGCUGGUCGUAGAGGUGCUGCAUUUGGUUUAGCCGGUACUGUUAAGGGUCUUGGUAUCAGUUCAUUAAAGAAUCUUGGUAUUUUAGAUUCCCUUCAAUCCUGUAUUGAAGAUAAGAAACAUCCAACCUCAAGACAAGGUGCCCUUUUUGCCUUUGAAUGUCUUUGCAAUACCAUUGGUCGUGUUUUCGAACCAUAUGUCAUUCAUAUUCUUCCAAAACUUUUAGUUUGUUUUGGUGAUAAUGUUAGUGAGGUUAGAGAUGCCACUGCUGAUACCGCCAAAGCUAUUAUGUCACAAUUAUCAGGUCAUGGUGUUAAAAUUGUUUUACCAGCUCUCUUGAAAGCUCUUGAUGAUCGUUCAUGGAGAACUAAAGAAGGUUCAAUUGAACUUUUAGGUGCCAUGGCUUUCUGUGCUCCAAAACAACUUUCAACUUGUCUCCCAACCAUUGUACCAAAGCUCACCAAUGUAUUAAAUGAUACACAUACUAAAGUUCAAGAGGCUGCCAAAGAAGCUCUUUCCCACAUUGGUUCAGUAAUUAGAAAUCCAGAAAUCCAAGUCCACGUUCCACUUUUACUCAAAACCUAUGAUGACCCAGAAAUUCACUCUAGAGAGUUAUUAGUUAACCUCUUAAAUACCAAUUAUGUUCACACUAUCGAUCCAGCUUCACUUUCACUCAUUAUGCCAAUUCUUGAAAGAACUCUCAAAGAAAGAAGCUCAGAAUUAAAGAAAAUGUCAUGUCAAAUCGUUGGUAAUUUAUGUUCAUUAACCGAACCAAAAGAAUUAGUACCAUAUUUAAAUAUUUUAAUGCCAGUAAUGAAAAAUGUAUUAUUAGAUCCAAUUCCAGAGGUUAGAGCUAUUUGUGCUCGUGCUUUAGGUUUAUUAGUUCGUGGUAUGGGUGAAGAAAACUUUGCUUCAUUAAUCCCAUGGUUAUUAGAAACCGUUAAAUCAGAUGCUGGUGCUGUUGAAAGAAGCGGUGCCGCUCAAGGUUUAUCUGAAGUUUUAGCUUCAUUAGACAUUUCAAGAUUCAAUUCAUUAAUUCAUGAAUUAUUAACUAUGGCUAAUUCAACACGUCCACAUGUUCGUGAGGGUAUUUUAUCAAUCUUCAUUUUCACUCCAAUCUCAUUAGGUGAUAAUUUCUUACCAUACCUUCCAAAAGUUUUACCACAAGUAUUAAAAGGUCUUGCAGAUGACUCUGAUCCAGUUAGAGAAGUUUGUAUGAGAUGUGGUCAAUCUAUUGUCAGUCAAUUCGCAACUAAUGGUGUCGAAGUUAUUAUUCCAGCUCUCGAAAAAGUAUUAUUCCACGAAAACUGGAGAAUUCGUCUUUCAUGUGUUCAAUUAUUUGGUGAUCUUUUAUUCAAAUUGGCUGGUACCACCGCUGCUGAUGUUCAAAAUAAUAAUUUCGAUGAUGAUGCCAAUGAAAAUCAUAGCAAUGAUAUUUACAAGAUUUUAGGAAAAGAAAGACUCGAUCGUAUUCUUUCAUCAUUAUACAUGAUGAGAUUUGAUAACAAUUCAUCAGUUCGUCAAAAGGUAUUAUUAAUCUGGAAAUAUAUUGUCAGCAACACUCCAAAGACUCUUCGUGAAAUUUUAUCAACUCUUAUUGAAAUGAUCAUUGGUUCAAUUGGCUCAUCCAACGUUGAAAAGAGACAAAUUUCUGCCAAAACUCUUGGUGAUAUCGUCAGUAAACUCAGUGAUAGAAUUCUCCCAGAAAUUUUACCAAUUCUCGAACGUGGUCUUCAAUCAGAUCUUGAAGAGACUAGACAAGGUGUUUGCAUUGGUCUCAGUGAAGUUAUUUCAUCUGCUAAAACUCAAUUACUUCCAUAUCUCUCUAGUGUUGUAUCAUGUAUCACUAAAGCUCUUUGUGAUAAUUUAAUUGAUGUUAGAGAAGCUGCUGCUAAAGCUUUCGAUCAUCUCUAUCACAAUUUCGGUAAUAAAGCAAGUAACGAGAUUUUACCACAACUUAUCCAACUUUUGGAUAGUCCAUCAGCCCAAGCUUCUGCUAAUGCCCUCGAUGGUCUUCGUCAAGUUAUACUCGUUAAAAGUAAUAUUGUUUUACCAGUUUUAGUUCCAAAACUUUUAAGCAGACCAAUUUCAACAUCCAAUGUUCGUGCUCUUUCAUCAUUAGCUGCUGAUGCAGGUGAAGGUCUUUACAAUCAUCUCUCAACUAUUAUUCCAUCAUUAAUUGAAUCAUUCACUAAUCCAAAUGUCGCCAAUGCUAAAGAAAUUAAAGAAGCUGCCGUUUCAAUUUGUAAGAGUGUAGAUGAAGAAGGUUAUGAUACUUUAAUCCCAUUAUUAAUUGAACAAACUGAAGUUAGAUUACCAAAUAUCCGUUUGGGUGCAUGCGAAUUAGUUGGUGAAUUUUAUAACGGUAACACUAAUGUUGGUGAAUAUCCAGAAGAAUUAAUUCUUUCACUCCUUUCAUUAUUCAACGAUCCAGAUGUUGGUGUUCAACAAGCUUCAAACAAUGCUUUAGGUGUUAUUACUAAAUCACUCAAAAAAGAUAAUCUUUCAUAUUUACUCACAUUCCAAAGAGGUAUUCAAGCAUUGGUAAACGAUGUUUACGAAGAAACUGCUAACAUUCCAGGUUUCUGUCUUCCAAAGGGUUUAGGCUCAGUUUUACCAGUUUUAAUUUCUGGUCUUAUGUAUGGUACAAGCGAUCAAAGAGAACAAGCUACUAAUAAUAUUAGAACUGUUAUCAAUCAUACUACUGCUGAAGCACUUAAACCAUUUGUUAUGCAAAUCACUGGUCCAUUAAUUUUAGUUAUUGGUGAUAAAUUCCCAUACCAAGUUAAAUCAUCAAUUCUUCAAACCCUCUCACUUUUAAUUAGUAAAUCACCAGCUUCCAUGAAGAUUUUCCUUCAUCAAUUACAACCAACAUUUAUCAAAUGUCUUUCUGAUCAAAAUAAAACCGUUAGAACCAAUGCUGCUUCUGCUUUAGGUCUCUUAAUGACAUUAUCUCCAUCAGUCGACCAAUUGGUUAACUCUUUAAUCCUUGGUAUUGGUACUGCCGAUUCAAUCUCACAAGAAUCUAAACUUAGAGCUCUCCAAUCCAUUUUCGAUAAGAAACCAAAGAUUGAACAAGCUACUCUCGAUAAAGCUAUUACAACUAUUGUAGAUUUCCUCUAUCAACCAUCUGAUGAUUUAAGAGCCAUGGUUGCUCAAACUAUUGGUGCAUCAUCCAAAUGUUUCAGUAACUUAAAUGACCUCAAUCAAUUUAUCAAAACAAAUUUAAUUUCCCCAUCACAAUCAGUACUCUCAAGAUAUGGUAAAUCAUUAGCAUUAGGUGAAAUCUUUAAAGCAUCAGGUCCUCAAUUAAUUGAAAAUAACAGCCCAAAUAUGCCAACUAUUGUUAAAAUUGUCCAAACUGAUUGCAGAGAUGAAAAAGGUCCAAUUAGAGAAUCAUCGGCUUAUCUUGCUGAAGCUAUUUUAACUGCUUCACCAUCAUUCUCAAAAGAUUUAGUUCCAUCACUUUGUCAUCUUGUUGGUGAUCAAUCAUCAUCAGUCGCCAUCACCUCACUCCAAGUAAUCAAGAGAUUCUGUAAAGCCAACCCAUCACUCUCAAGACAAUACCUCAAAGAAAUUGUUAUUCCAACUAUGAACAGAUUAAAAGAAAGAACCAACUUACCAUUAAAACUAGCUGCUGAAAGAACCCUCGUUCAUUCACUCCAAAUCUUUAAAGAAAGUGUUGUUAUGGAUGAUUUAAUUAAACAAUUAGAAUCCUCAGGUGAAUCCGCUACAGCUCAAUCAUUAUUAGAUUAUCAUAAGAGAAUUUUAAUUAAAUUAUCACCAGAUAGUGAUUAUGAAAAUAAAUAA